AGUACUGACUUGAGUUCUUUUGGCAGAAAAAAUCAUGCGCCAGCUAGAGGACGUGGUUGGCUUGGAUCGAAAUGACUUCCUUAGCGGCCAGAUGCCAACGCCGCCCUUCAUUGAAUCGAGUGGCCCGAUGGAUUUGAGUCGGUAACGGGAUUCUAGUUUUAGACGCAAUCGAACUGUCGAACGAACACUACAUUCAAACGUUUAGUAUGGGGUAUAUAAUACGAGCCGACCAAAGGCGGGAAGCACUCCUUGGAACAGGGGCAAAUCUGCCCUGGGGAAGCGACGAGCAGCACAUGCAACGUUGUCAUAGCCGGGCACUAUCAUCCAAGGCGCGCCGCGGGGCCAAAGUGGUCUUCAGAGGGUGGGAGCAAAACGUCGGCGAACUCAAGUACCCCCCAUACCCUUGGCCGCUCGGAAAGGAAAGUAAGGAAGGAGGUUAUACGACGGUGGCUGACAGGGUGAUAACCAAGUGCAACAUAAUGACACGGAGACGGAUAUGUAUCUGUAGAGAUCUGGAAUUUCAAAAUGUGACAGCAGUCUGCGAUUUGGGGUUCUACGUAAGGGGGAGUACAGGAAGAAGAGGGGUACGGGAAAUGGACCAUUCUGGGAAUGCUUGUCGCUUGUGGCUACGCAACCUCCCUCGAUGGGAAAGCAUCGUACCCCUGGUUAAAUAUAAUACCUCUUGCUUUCUGUUCCAGGCCCGAGUGGUGGCUAGUAAUUUUAUUACGGCUCUGUUAAGACUCAUGAAACCUCACUCCUGAGCUUGGGAGUGAGUGAUCUCCAACCCUUGGUGGGGAUCAAAUCAGGGAGGAGC